UAGACUUAUUGAAAUUUUGGAGUGAUCAUCAUAACGUCAAAUGAAUGAAUUUCAUGUUGCAUGAUUAUUCAAUUUAUUGUUUCUUGACAACAAACUCCUGGAUUUAUACUGUACUGUAGUGUUGUUCCACUGGUGUGGGAUUGAGCCAGUUGUAGAUCAUCAGGCAUGGCUCAGCGGAAGGGAACCGCAAAGUUGACAGAGCUGUUGACAAUUGAAGAGCAGGUUCAGAAGAAAUGGGAGCAAGAGCGAAUGUUUGAACUUGACGCACCAGCGCCAGGAUCAGAUGACGCAAAGAAAGAAAAGUAUGUAACCACAUUUCCAUACCCGUACAUGAAUGGGCGACUACAUCUAGGACACACAUUUAGCCUGUCCAAAUGUGAGUUUAGUGUUGGCUACCAAAGGUUGCGAGGAAAGCGAUGCCUGUUUCCUUUUGGACUCCAUUGUACAGGAAUGCCUAUAAAGGCGUGUGCAGAUAAGUUGGCGCGGGAGAUGGAGGACUUUGGCUUCCCACCCCAGUUCCCCCCUGAGGAGGAGGGGCAGGUGAAAGUGGAGGACAAGGAGGUCGUAAUCAAGGAUAAAGCCAAGGGCAAAAAGACAAAGCUGACUGCGAAGACAGGAGGGUUGAAGUACCAGUGGCAGAUCAUGUCGGCUCUGGGCAUGCAGGAUGAGGAGAUCCGCAGGUUUGCAGACCCGGCCCACUGGCUCUACUACUUCCCUCCACACUGCAAGCAAGAUCUCCAGAAGAUGGGUGUUAAGGUGGACUGGAGGCGAACAUUCUUCACGACUGAUGUCAACCCCUACUAUGACUCCUUUGUACGCUGGCAGUUCUGGAAACUGAAGGAGCGCAACAAGAUACAGUUUGGGAAAAGAUACACAAUUUUCUCCCCGAAGGAUGGCCAGCCGUGCAUGGAUCAUGACAGGAGCACGGGAGAGGGUGUCGGCCCACAGGAGUACACGCUGAUCAAGCUCAGAGUGCUAAAACCCUACCCACCAAAGCUAAAGGCUCUUGAGAAGACAGAAGUUUUUCUGGUGGCAGCCACACUUCGCCCAGAGACGAUGUACGGACAGACAAACUGUUGGGUGCAGCCGGAAAUUAAGUAUGUGGCGUGCGCGCAGGCUAGUGGAGAGGUGUUCAUCAGCACCAGGAGGGCCGCUCUCAACAUGAGCUAUCAGGGCUUCUCUAAGAAUGACGGCAAAGUGGAUGUGUUGAUGGAACUGGUUGGACAGGACAUCAUGGGUGUGGCCGUGUCGGCGCCCCUGUCUGUCUUCCCCAAGAUCUACACCCUGCCCAUGCUGACCAUCAAGGAGGGCAAAGGUACUGGUGUUGUGACCAGCGUGCCCUCAGACUCUCCAGAUGACUUUGCUGCCCUCAGAGACUUGAAAAAGAAAGAACCAUUCAGAAAGAAGUAUGGUUUGGCUGAUGAAAUGGUGCUGCCGUUUGAUCCAGUGCCAAUCAUCGACGUGCCAGACUACGGGGACCUGUGUGCAGUGACUGUGUGUGAACAGCUGAAGAUACAGAGCCAGAAUGACAAGGACAAACUCCAGGAGGCCAAGGAGAGGGUCUACCUUAAGGGGUUCUAUGAAGGGGUAAUGAAGAUUGGCGACUUUGCAGGCCAGAAGGUCCAAGAUGUGAAGAAGCAAGUACAGAAACUUAUGGUGGAUAAGGGAGAGGCUCUCAAGUACAUGGAGCCAGAGAAGCAGGUGAUGUCUCGGUCUGGAGACGAGUGUGUCGUAGCUCUUUGUGACCAGUGGUAUUUGAACUAUGGAGAGGAAGAAUGGAAGGCCACAGCACGCAAGGCAUUGGACAAGAUGGAGCUGUAUGCAGAGGACGUUAGGAAGAACUUUGAGGCUACAUUGGAAUGGCUGCAUGAACAUGCCUGCUCCAGGUCAUAUGGACUGGGCACCAGGAUUCCGUGGGAUGAGAAAUACCUGGUGGAAUCUCUGUCUGACUCCACGAUAUACAUGGCAUACUACACAGUGGCCUAUCUACUGCAGGGGGGACAGUUUGAUGGGCGCACCGUUGGACCAGCAAACAUCCGCCCGGAGCAGAUGACAGGUAAGGUGUGGGACUACAUCUUCUACAAGCAUGCACCCUUCCCCCCUACAGACAUCCCCCGGGCCACACUGGACAAACUGAAAGCCGAGUUUGAGUACUGGUACCCCGUGGACCUGCGGGUCUCCGGCAAGGACUUGAUACCCAACCAUUUGACUUACUUCAUAUACAACCACAUCGCCAUCUGGCCAGACCAACCAGAGAAGUGGCCUGUGUCCAUAAGAGCCAAUGGUCAUCUGCUUCUCAAUUCAGAAAAGAUGUCCAAGUCAACUGGCAACUUCCUGACACUUUCAGAUGCCAUCAAUAAGUUUUCAGCUGAUGGUAUGCGUCUGGCUCUGGCUGACGCCGGUGAUAGUGUAGAGGACGCCAACUUUGUUGAGCCGAUGGCUGAGGCUGGACUGCUCAGACUCUACACCCUCCUGGAGUGGGUCAAGGAGAUGUUAAGCGUGCGUGCCAGCCUGCGUAGAGGGGCCUACACAUUCAACGACAGGGUGUUUGAGAGCGAGAUCAACUUGACUAUAGAAGUGACACAGAGGAACUUUGAUGAGAUGAAGUAUAAGGAGGCCCUAAGGACAGGGUUUUUCGAGUUUCAGGCCAUGCGUGACAAGUAUCGCGAGGUUGAGAUUGAAGGCAUGCAUUCUGAUCUCGUGUUUGGCUACAUCGAGAUACAGACCCUCCUGCUGUCACCCAUCUGUCCACACCUGUGUGAGCAUAUCUGGGCUCUCCUUGGCAAGACUGACAGUAUUAUGCGGGCGGUGUGGCCCACAGUGGGUCUGUAUGACCGAGUGCUGAUCCAGUCCUCUCAGUACCUCAUGGACAGCGCCCACGACUUCCGCAAGAGAAAACAGGCCUACUGCAUUGUCGCCAAGGGAAAGAAAGAAGUGCCAGCCCCGACCCAUGCUACUGUGUACAUUGCUAGAAGUUACCCUCCUUGGCAGAACACGAUUCUCACAACACUGCGCACCAUGUAUGAUACAAGCAAUGGAUUCCCGGACAACAAGGCUAUUGCAGAUGCCCUGGGCGGGAAAACGGAGCUCAAGAAGUACAUGAAGAAAGCCAUGCCCUUUGUCAUGGUGGCCAAGGAAAACUUCUCAAAGCACGGCCUUGCAGCUCUCAAUCUGACAAUGGAGUAUGAUGAGAAAGAAGUGAUGACUACCAACAUCAAGUACCUCACAAACACACUCGAGCUGGAGAGAGUGGACGUCUGCUUUGCAGAGGAGGCAGAUGGUGACAAGGUGAAGGAGGAGUGCUGUCCUGGCAAACCUUUCAUCACCUUCAGGACUGAGCCGUCAGUGAUGGUUCGGUUCAUUAAUCCCCAGCCUAGUAGCGGGCUGUUUGAGGUGAAGCUGCCCAUAUUCCAGGGAGACACUCUGGAGCAGGUGAAAUCCAGGCUACAGAAGACAGACCGCGGCAAGAUGAAAGAUUUGUCUCAAGUUCGGAUUCUAAGACAUGAAAAUGAUGAGGCCUCACGAAGGAUGCCUGAGUUUAAUGCUGGAGAUAAAGGGAAGGUACUCCUGCAAAACAAAGUUGUCUUCUCUUGGAACAGUCCUUCAGAUGUGGAGGUGAAACUGCAGGACAAUGGCUCCCAUGUGACUGUGAGAGAACUGGUGUACAUCGUAGGGUAGUCUUGAAGCUAAAAAGGGAAAAAACUGUUGUACAUAGUACAUUCAUAUUGAAGUUACAGGGUUACGGUUUAGUUUCUACAUCAACUGAGAUUUCUCAUAAGCACAUUAUGACAUUUCCUAUUUAUUUUCUGGUUAGUGACAAGUUAUUUUGUUUUCACAGCUGCCCAAUUUGUACAAAUGAACAUGAGCUGAACUUUUUUUUUAAACGUGGCUUAAUGCAUGUGAGGAAGAUGUUGUCCCAGAUUAGCCUGUGCAGUCAGCACAGGCUAAUCAUGGAGGACACUAAGCUUUAACGGUACUUUUCGUUUAAAAGAAGUCUAUUCUUAGCAAAAAUCCAGUAUGGUGUAAUGUGUCGUCCCUAAUUAACCUCACUAAAAAGGCUUAUUUGAAACCACACUGUAUGCAUAUGGAUUAACCCCAUUUUCCUAGAAUGAGGCUUGAUGAACAUCUUCACUUUCAGUGUAAUUUUAUUGUGUUGUUUGAUUUUGGUGCAUACCCUUUGAGAGAAAUUUAUAUGUUUGUUAUCAUAAGUGAUUUAAAAAUGGUCAACAUUUGUUUAUUGGGAUUGAAAAUGUAACCAAAUAAACAAUUCAGAUGUAGAA